AUGCAGAGUCUCCUGCGACGGACAAUAAUUCAAUGCCUGUGUUGGCUUGCCUGGGCUGAGGUCAGCCUGGCCCAAAUACAAAGUUUCCGCCCCAGCGGCAUCGAUGGCAUCACGUACAGCGUCAAUAUCCCUCAAGAUACAGCCCAGUCUGGCUCGGGUCCAAUCUACUUUCAAUUGAAGUCGACAAGUCAAGUAUCGUGGUUUGCCCUAGGCCAAGGCUCCGGCAUGUCGGGCUCAAACAUCUUCGUUGUAUAUCCCAACGGCAACAACAACGUCACGAUCUCCCCUCGCCUGGGUAGAGGGCAAGUGCAACCCCUUCACAAUGAUGCUGCACAAGUCUCACUGCUCGAAGGAAGUGGCGUGGAGAAUGGUGUGAUCACGGCCAACGUGCGAUGUGACAGUUGUAUCAACUGGGGAAGUGGAAGCACUGACCUGACCAGCACAUCGAGCUCAUGGAUCUGGGCUGUGAAGUCUGGCUCACCACUGAGCUCAAAGGACGCGUCUGCCUCUAUUUCCUUUCACGACCAAGCCGGCAGCGUAUCGUUGGAUCUAACGAAGGCCACUGGAGGAUCAUCAAGCAAUCCUUUUCUGGAGCGAGGUAAUACACCCGGGCCGACGACAAUCGUGGCUGCCUCCCAGAGCUCCGACAACACCACUCAGAAACGCAAGACUGCGCAUGCCGUCUUGAUGACUGUCGCCUUUGUCAUCUUAUUCCCCGUCUUCGCCCUACUUUUCUAUCUCGUCCCGUCUCCCCAUGUUGCUCUCAUUCAUGGUGUUCUGCAACUCUUCACGCUUGCAGUCGCAAUUGCCGGAAUGGGUCUGGGAAUCGCCAUUGCUGGAGACCUCCAGCUAAUGCAUGAAGCCCAUCCCGUCAUUGGAAUUGUCGUUGUCGCUGGACUCACGGUACUUCAGCCACUCAUGGGCCUCGCACAGCAUCUCUAUUACCGAAAGACGCAGAAAAAGGGCAUCUUUGCGUACACGCACCGAUGGUUUGGCCGGGCUUUUAUUAUCCUGGGGAUUAUCAAUGCUGGGCUUGGACUCAAAUUAGGUCGGGCUUCACGAGGAGCAGUGAUUGCAGUCAGUGUGGUAGCGGGUGUGAUGGGUCUGUUUUAUAUUGCUGUGCUGUUCUUAGGCCAGAGGAGACGUACGUUGAAGGCGUGA